UGAAUCCUCUAAGAAUCCCAUUGAAAUUUUUAUAGCAGACACUGAGUUACUUGGCCACAUAAAACAAAAAAAUAUAUAAAAAUAUAAAACUGCACUGACACCACCACCCAGAAAGACAAGCUCAAUUUCUGAGUCAUGUCUCGUAGGAGUUCGCGCCUCUUGUCCAGUGGCUACUACACCUCAGAUGAAGUUUUUGACACAAGUAGCGUGACAAACAUAUCCUACCGUGAAAACCCUUUCAAGGUUUUCAAGAACCGCAAGACCGGCUCCCGAACGUCCGCAGGCCAGUCCAAUGGCCCCUCAGGCCCUAGUCCUUCGCCCACGAGCAGCCAGACUCAGACGAUCACGAGGACGGAACCCUACGUCUUUACCACAUCCACCCCUCGGCCUAACCAGAGUCGGACGCCCACAUUCUUCCCCUCAGUGUCUCCGGUGAAGAGCUCUCUCCCCGGGCACUACAGUCCCACCCGGUCAGGUUUGAACCUGAGGCCCAACCACAAGGAGCCGAGUCAGAGCAGAGUGGGCCCUUACAGGAAGCCCACCAGCACAACGAGUGAAGAUCCCAGCCCUGGUUACAGAAAAAAAAUCAGCAGUGUCUUCUUUAGUCUGAUCGACUCCGCCUCAUUGAUGGCCGUCGCAGCAAAGUCAAAAAUAAUGCAUCUGAAAACUUUAGCUAACACUUCACUCAGCAGUCGCGUGAAGAAGGCUUGUGGUCUGUUUCUCCUCCUCCUCCUCGCAUAUCCAUGUAUUUGGUUCCUCCUUCCCUUGUCGACCUCUUUCAUCUCGCACAUGAGUGUCACAAAGACCCCGUCACAGACAAAACCCGAGAGUCAACCAGUCAUCCCUGCAACUCCUCCUCCUCUUCCUCCUCCUCCUCCUCCUCCUCCUCCUCCUCUUCCUCCUCCUCCUCAACCCAACACCGUGCAUCAUUCACCUGUGGUGUUGUCCCAGCAGUUGGUAUCCAUCCAGCUGAUUCCUCCUCCAGCCCCCUGUCCUGAGACAAGCACUGCCCCGGUCCACAACCAUCUAACCCCAGAGCUCCAGGAGGCUAUGGAGAAGUGGCUCAACGACCGCUUCAAGGGGCAGGAUGUACUCAAAGGAAGCAACACAGACUUUGGACGUCCCAUGGCGGACAAAAUGGCUGACUUUGCCCUGGAGACUCAAGGUGCCAGUGUGAUCAGUUCCAGGUGUUCGGAGACGUAUCGUAUUCGUUCAGCAUGUGUUACCCUUUUUGGUUUCCCCCUCUGGUAUCCAUAUGAAAGCCCACGCACUGUCAUUCAGGGUUACCCAGUGCUGCUCCCAGGGAAAUGUUGGGCAUUUCACGGUGUCCAGGGAACUCUCACCAUCUCCCUCUCCCACCCUGUAAGGAUAACUCAUGUGACGCUGGACCACCUGCCACGGUACAUCUCCCCCACCGGCCGAAUCGACUCCGCACCCAAAGACUUUGAAGUCUAUGGAAUGAAAAGCUACACAGAAAAAGGAACUCUGCUUGGGACGUUCACCUAUAAUGAGAAAGGCGAGUCGUCGCAGACGUUUCAGCUGCCUAGCCCCAGUGACGAGGUUUACAGAUUUGUGGAGUUGCACGUCCUCAGCAACUGGGGUCGCGUCGAGUACACGUGUCUUUACCGCUUCCGUGUGCACGGAAAGAUCGCCACCACUUGAAAUCCCUUGACCACAACAUUAAGGCUCAAUUGAACAUACCAGAAAGGACAUUUGUAUUGUACACUUAUUUUAUAAGGUACAAUCCAUGCUGAUGCUUCUGAAAACACGUUUGGUAUUGACCAAAGCUGGGCAUACACUGUACAAUUUAAACCCGUUUUUGCCCCAAUAUCUGAUAGGGCAAAAACAACUCUUUUUAGGGUUGGACAAUUUUCAGCUUUGUAACACGUUGUUUGCCGUGCAGUGUACAGGGGGGAGCCAUCAGCGAUUAAUUGCUCCUCCAGCGGUCGUCGGAUGUUCCGAUAAAUUUCUGACAUGUCAGAAAUGUGAGGGGGGAAAAAAACAUGAGGAAAUGUGAUGAGAAUAAAACACCAUUUAGUUUGAGA